UCCUCACCACCCCUCUCUCCGCCGCCGCCUCUCUGCUGCGGAUGAACGGGGAAACCCUGGCCUAAACCCGAACCCCCCACCGCGCCUCUCCUUUCCUGGACAAGCCGGGACCAGCGGCGGCUCGCGUCGGCGGACUCGAUGGGGAAGAGGAGCGGCAGCAAGAGGAAGGACAAGAACAAGGUCAUCCUCCCGCCGGAGCUGCCGCCGGAGGUCGACGACGACGCUGUUGAUGUCUCCGAUGAAGACAUCGAGUUCUACAGCCGCAACGAAUUCCACCACUUCGACCAGGAGCCCAUCGACAGGUAUGUCAAGAGGACCGCCGGCGACGAGGCCGAGGUCGAGCGCCUCUAUGAAGAGCGCGAGAAGAGGAAGGCCUUGAGGCGGCCCCGGGAGGAGAAUGACGAUUUGGAGGUGGACCCCGUGGACGCGCUCCCCAUCAAGAACCUGCAAGGGGAGCUCGUCUACAAUAGAGCAAAGAAAGCAAGGUCUGAAGAAAAUACUGGCAGUACGAAGUCUCAAGAGAAUGGUGCAGAUGCCAAGCAGGGUAUUAACAAAGAUGAACAAACAGGCAAAUCUAAGAACAAAAAGGGAGGUGACAAAGUGAAAAAUACACAAUCUCACAUUGAAGUUCCAAAGGGGAAACUACACUCAGAUGUGCUGGAAGAAGUGAAGGAGGAGCUUUCAGCUGAGGAGUUAUUCGAAAAAAAGAAAGCGCAACUUGCUGAAUUGGGGAUGGCUAUGCUUGAAGAGCCUGAGUCGAAUAUUAGAUCUCUGAAUGAUAUGUUAAGCAUAAGCAAUGACAAAGACCAAAAAGUUGUUAAACUUGGUCUGAUGUCCUUGCUUGCUGUGUUUAAGGACAUUAUUCCAAGUUAUCGGAUUAGGCAGCUAACAGAAAAGGAGCUAGCAGUAGAAGUUUCAAAAGAAGUGAAGAAAACUAGAUAUUAUGAAUACACACUUAUCCGCUGCUACAAGGCAUAUCUACAGAAACUGAUAUCAUUGGAGAAGCAACCCCACUUUUAUUCUGUUGCUGUUCGAUGCAUGUGCGCUUUAUUAGAUACAGCUCCACAUUUUAACUUCCGUGAAAGCCUAUUGGCCAGUGUGGCAAAAAAUUUAAGCUCCUCAGACGAUGUAGUAAGGAAAAUGUGUUGUGAAACAAUAAGAUCAGUAUUUAUAAACGAAGGAAAACACCGUGGCGAGGCAACAAUUGAAGCUGUAAGGUUGAUUGCAGAUCAUGUGAAGCUUAAUGAUUGCCAGCUCCAUCCCGAUAGCAUUGAGGUCUUCCUGUCUUUGAGAUUUGAUGAAGAUCUUGGAGAAGAUGAAACCGAGGAGCAAAAGGUGAAACCAAAAAAGAAUAAACAUCGGCAAAAUCAGGAGGCCCCAAAGCCAUUGCCAGUUAGUGAUAAGAAGAAAACCAGACGGGAACUGAUCUCAAAAGCUAGAGAGGAGGUUGAUGCAGAUCUUAGGGCGGUUUCCUUCACCCUUGAUCCCAAGGAGAGAAAAGGGAUACAAAGAGAAACACUUUCUGCUCUCUUUGAGACGUACUUCCGCAUUUUGAAGCAUAGCAUGAGCACUUCAAAUUUAAGGUCCAAGGCCAAUAUUGUCUCCCCCGGUGCCUCACACCCAUUACUCGCUCCAUGCUUGGAGGGUUUAGGAAAAUUUUCACAUUUAAUUGAUUUGGAUUUCAUGGGUGAACUUAUUGCUUGCCUCAAGAAGCUUUCUGGGUAUAGCGACCGUCAGGAUGGAACACCUCAUGAUAACACACUGUCCGUCUCAGAACGCAUGCAAUGCUGCAUAGUUGCCUUUAAAGUCUGGAGGAGCAACCUUGAGGCAUUGAAUGUAGACCUGCAGGAUUUCUUUGUACAACUCUAUAACCUCAUACUGGAGUAUCGUCCUGACAGGGAUCGUGGUGAGGUGUUGGCAGAUGCUCUGAAGACACUCCUUUGGGAAGGCAAGCAGCAGGAUAUGCUAAGAGCUGCUGCUUUCAUAAAACGUUUGGCCACAUUUGCUCUCUCAUUUGGCUCUGCAGAAGCCAUUGCAGCGUUAGUCACACUGAAGCAUCUCCUGCAAAAGAAUAGCAAGUGUCGUAACAUGUUGGAAAAUGAUUCCGGUGGCGGUUCUCUGUCUUGCUUAGUUGCGAAAUACAACCCUGAGGCUAAAGAUCCAUAUCUGAGUGGCGGACUCGCGUCAGUUCUUUGGGAGCUCAGCCUCCUAGAGAAGCACUAUGAUAUCUCUGUUUCUUCAAUGGCUUCGAAUAUCUUGAGUAUGGCAACUUUGAAUCCCACCCAGAACCCCGUUCCGAUUUUGAAUGUGAACCCCCUUGAAGCAUAUAGAGACUUGUCAAUCGAACGGGAAUUAUCAAAGCCAGCCAGCAAAGCACUGUCACUGAAUCUCAAAAAGAGGCGGCGUGGUAAGGAAUUUGUUGCGCUAAACCCAGAGGUGCUUCGGAAGGCAGAUUGCUCAGUGGAUAAACAAGAGCUCGAAGAGAAGUUACAGAGCCAUUUUGCAGUACUAAGAGGUAUCUCAGAGAAUGAGAGGUUGCGGGCUGAGUUGAACCACACAUUGUCAUCCAUAAACAUGUACAAGGAGUACAAGAAGCAGAAGAAGAAAAACAUGAAAUCAAAGAUUAUUAGGAAAAAAGUAGCAAGGGUUUAGACAUUAUGUUCUGCGGAUCUUUGCUCACCAGUGAUUAAAUGGUUGUAAUCUUCUAGCAAUUUUGGCAUAUUUCUCGUGGUGGCAAACUGGCUACCAUAGCCCUGGGUUCUGCUACCUUUUUUGGAUUGUAUACACGAUACAGUAGUGAAAAACUUGACUUUGCUUGUGAUUAUGCUGAAA